CUGUGCUGCCGGAAGAGAUCAUAGGGGCUUUCCAGGACGGGGGAAGCCACUUGGGAGCGAGUGGCUUUUUAAAAACUGCUCCAGAGUUGGAAACUCGGAAACGGCGAGGGCAACUAGGGACGGAGCGAGACACCAGUGCAACCGACAGCAAUGUAUUUUAAGGUGGAAUGGGUUGUGUGUCUUGUUCUGCUCUCAAAGGUUCAUCCAUCCAGUGGAGCCAAGAAACUGUGUGCUGAGCCCUCCAACAAGGAACUCUCAUGGAAAUUGAGCAACCAGGUGCCUCUCUCUGGAGUGAGCAGUGCAAGGCACCUUGAACCCGGGAAAGCGUUCAACACGUCUCACCAGCACACCGCACAGAUAGGCGAAAGGAGCACAUCCCCCUGGUCAUACAGAAUAAAUGAAGAUCAAGCACGAUACCCGAGGAAGCUAAUGGAAGCAUACUGCCUGCACAAGGGCUGUCUGGGGCCAGAUGGACUGAUUGACAACACCGUCAUGAGUGUACCCUAUCACACAAGUGUCUUGGUGCUGAGGAGGACCCGUAGGUGCAAGCACAAGACAUAUAUCUACAAACCGGUCCAGGAAAAAAUCCCUGUGUUCUGUGUCUGCGUUAUGCAUGAUGUAGCCACUAUUUAAAUGCAGCAGCCGGAGACCCCAGUAACCUGAUUGUAGCGCUCGUUGUCAGUUCCAUGAGAGUUUUCCUGUAGGCCAGUAAUAAAAAGAAAUGUGGAAUAUUUUGAUUUA